AUGGAGGAAGGUGGCGUCCUCCUGCUGCUGCUGCUCGCUCAGCUGGGAACUCCUGCAGCGCUCAGCUUUUAUGGAGACAGCAUCAGCGUCACACACCCACAGAAGAGGACGGAUGGGACAUUUAAGGUGACCUUCCACCACAGACAGAAUGGCAGAAGCUCCUGUGGCGAUCAGACAUCCUUCUCGUGUGAGGGCGACGUGUGCACCAGCCUGGACGAGUCGGCUGUCCUGCAGACGGACGGGGACACCACGGGACAGGACAGGUGGUGCUUCAGGACUGUGGACAUUAAUGGUAUCCUGAGUAUUUCACCUGUGGGUGGAGCAAAUAUGCAGAACUUUAACAGUAGAGGAGCUGACUGGGGCUCAGGCUGCUGCUGGGCGUCUAACGUUGAGGGGGAAACCGACUGGAGGUCUCAGGUGGACCUGGACCUGGGGAGAAGAUCUGACUCACACGGGAUCAACAGCUGUCCCGUCACCACCACAGUGUCCUCUCUACGGGUUCCUCAGAACUGCUUUUCAACUGUUCAUCUUCUGGCUCACGAUCCAGACGGAGAUCACGUGAGAUGUCGCUUUUACAAUACAACUCCUGCAAACUUCACCAUGGACGAGGCUUCGUGUACGCUGGCCGCUGCAGGUCAGGUGGCCGUCGGUGUCCACGUGUUGGAGCUGACGCUGGAGGACUUUCCCAGUAAAAAUGUCACUCUGACCUACGCAGACGGGACCUCUGUACUGCGUGAGGCCUCUGACAUGAACGCUCCAUCUCUCUGCAAAGUGAAGCUGCAGUUCUCCUUAGAGAUUCUUCCUGCGAUACCAAACUGUGAGGCAGGUCAUGUGCGCCCCAUGUUCUUGUCCAGGACUCCUUCACAUGGGGACGUUCUUUACGCCUCUGUGGGCCAGAGCUUCCAGCUUCACGCUGAAGCUCAGGCUCACCACACCAGCAUACACGACUUCCAGGUGAGCGGCCCGCAGAACAUGACCAAAGUGUUUACAGAUGGAGCGUUUGGGAAAGCUGUCAUGACUCUGAGCUGGACGCCGCACCACAGCGACCUGUACAGAUUCGUCCCGGUCUGCUUUACCGCAGAGACCAAUGAAACCCAAUCAGAUAUGAGGUGCGUUGUUGUCAUGGUGACCCAAGCAUCGAUCAUCCAAGGUCGGGCCACCGUCACAUGCUCCCCCAACAAGAUGAUGGUGGCUCUGGAGAAAGCUUCCAUGCCUGGCGUCGACGAGAACUUCCUCACGAUGAGAGACCCGUCAUGCUCGCUCACCUCCAACAGCACACACAUCACAGGCAUGAUGUCUUUCACUGCCUGCGGCACCAGACUCGAGGACAAAGGUGACUUUCUCGUUUUCACAAAUGAGAUCAACUCCUUCGAGCUGCCCAGCGAGGUGAUAGUCAGAAGGAGGAAGGUUAAGAUCGACGUCUCUUGCCAGUUUCCCAAAACCAUCAGCAUCUCCAGCUACUACAACCUGCACAAGACCGACUACAUUUUCACCGAGUCCACCUUCGGCAGCUUCGGCUACACUUUUGAGAUUUACCAGGACAGCAACUUCACAGAGAAGGUGGCUCCCAGCGCCUACCCAGUGGAGGUCAACCUGCUGGACAACAUCUAUAUGGGCAUUCAGGCCGAGUCGGAUCUCGUGAAUGUGGAUUUGUUUGUGGAAUCGUGCAAAGCCACUCCUGAUGACAACCCUGAGAACAGCCUCUCCUACGAUCUCAUCAAGAACGGGUGUCUCGAAGAUGAGACGAUUAUAGUCCACCCAUCGAAUCCAACUUCAUACAAGUUCCAGGUUCAGGCCUUCAAAUUUACUGGAAACUUUGACCAGGUGUACAUCACCUGCUCGGUCAUCCUGUGUGAGAGGGGCAGCUCCUUCUCCAGAUGUGCUCAGGGCUGCCUGGCCCCCUCGUCCCGCAGACGCAAGCGAACGCUGAGCAAGGAGACGUUCGGACACUACAUUACCCAAGGUCCUCUGCAGUUCGUCGGCCCAGCCUUUCCCAACGCAGCCGUGGAGGAAAACUCCCGUGUGAUCAAAUGGAAAAAUGCUGUUGCUCCUGAACUGAGGAACAGUCCUGAUGUUGCUCCUGGAGCAGCUGCAGAACAGAGGAACCAUCCUGCUGCUGCUGCAGUGAACCUCCCCCCGCUGACAGACAGCGGCUAUGGUGAUAAGCGUCUGGGUGUCCGGGAGCUCCUCAGCAGCAACGCCAGCACCGUGGCGUUCGCCUGCAUGUUCCUGGUGUCUCUGCUGCUGAUGGCCGCAGCUGUUGCUUUCCUCAUGAGGAAGAGGAGGGCCGAAGAUCGCAAGUCUCUCCUAGUGUCGGGCUGGGAGAACUAAACCUCAAUAAUCAGUCUGUUACACAGCAUGUCAUUGGUUUUAUUUUAAAGGAUAUAUUCACCUUCUUGUAUUUAUCAUCCGUCCUGAUCACACUGGCUGUUAAAAGUUAAAAAAGUUAAAAGAGAUGGAGGACCAAAUUAACAUUAUUUAUAGGUUUAUCUGAAGUGAAUUUGAGAUAAAUAAAUGAAGUGAAUACCUACUCAAGUUCUGCUCAAAUCUAAUUGAAAAAAAAACCUAUUUUAUUUAUAUGGGCUAUAUGCUUUUGUCUAUUUGAACGUCUUUUAUUUGUGCUUCUGUGCUUUCGUCUGUGCCAACAUUUGUGCAUAAUUGCUUUUUUUGGGUGCAUAUGAUAUAGAAAUAGCACAGGACUUCUAUUUCUAUGUAUUUUUGUGCUUAAGUGUGUGUUUUAAUGUGUGUCUGUGCUUGUGUAUGUUUUCUUUUAACGCCCUCAACCUGCCAAGAACUGCAGAUCAGAAAUUAUUCUACAUGAUGAACUCAAGUGCUCAAGUUAAUGUGCAAUGUCCCUUCUUUGAACAAACAAAGUUACUUUCUUUUUUGUUGUUGUUGCACAGUGUGUUUCCACUGACUGUCGCUUUGCUGAGCUGCAGUGGAGACACAAAGAGGACAAUUUUCCACUAAAAACAGACACUAAAUUUGUCAAACUGAGACGACCUGAGCAUCACAUCGGGACUUGUUGGUCAGUAUGAACAGGAGGAGUAAUUAAGACCUGUUUCAAUAUUCAUAUCAACACGCACAGUCAUGGAAAAAAGUAUUGGACCACCCUUAUUUUCUUCAAUUUCUUCUUGAUAAUAACCAAAAUCA